AUGUUGCGCCGCCGCACGGCCAAGGACGACACCCCCUCGUCCCGCGACGACAACAACACCCGACUAUCCCCGUCUCCAAAAGAAGAGGACCGACUCCGUGCUGAGUUCGAUGGCGCCAAGGUCAAACAGCUGGUCAUCCGCCCACGGAGCAAACGCCGCAAUGGAUUGAUCUUCGUGCUGGGUGGGCUUUUCGGUGUUUUUGUUGCCCUGUUCUUCGCGAACCAGCAGGAGGUUAUCUCCUUGGAGUCUUUGCUGGAUCUGAACCUCGACUCGCUGAUUGAUGCCAUACCCCAAGGAAUUGUACGAGAUGCCAAAGAAUUCUCGCAACACGAACGCGAUGCCGUCAGUUACGACUCCUUCUCUGUGGGGCUUCACCUUCAAUCGCAGGGCGUUGAGGCAAAACAUCCCGUGGUGAUGAUCCCAGGCGUCAUCUCAACAGGCCUUGAGAGCUGGGGAACCGGGGCCAAUUCGCGACAAUACUUCCGCCGACGACUAUGGGGCAGCUGGACCAUGAUGCGAGCACUGGUUAUGGACAAGGCCGAGUGGAAGAAUCAUAUUAUGCUCGACCGUGAGACUGGUCUGGACCCGCCCGGUAUUAAGCUACGCGCAGCCCAGGGAUUCGAUGCAACGGACUUUUUCAUCACCGGUUAUUGGAUUUGGAACAAGAUUCUGGAGAACUUGGCCACGAUUGGCUAUGAUCCGACCAAUGCGUUCACAGCAGCUUAUGACUGGCGAUUGUCCUACCUGAAUCUCGAGACCCGCGAUAAAUACUUCAGCCGACUCAAGUCAUAUAUCGAGACGGCGGUGGAGGUACAAGGCGAGAAGAUCACGCUGGCAUCGCAUAGCAUGGGCUCGCAGGUAGUCUUGUACUUCUUCAAGUGGGUGGAAAGUGAUGAACAUGGCAAGGGCGGAAAGGACUGGGUCAACAAGCACGUUGACUCAUGGGUAAACAUCAGUGGAUGCAUGCUCGGUGCUGUCAAGGGAUUGACGGCCGUGCUGUCCGGCGAAAUGCGUGAUACUGCACAGCUGAAUGCAUUUGCCGUCUAUGGCCUGGAGAAAUUCUUAUCGAAGGAAGAGCGCGCAGAGAUCUUCCGUGCCAUGCCAGGCAUCUCCAGCAUGCUUCCCAAAGGUGGCGAAGCCGUCUGGGGCAAUUCCACAUGGGCACCCGAUGACCAACCUGGGCAGGUGGUGAGUUUCGGCAACUUGCUCAACUUCCGUGAGACGAACUCGUCAUGGACACAGCGCAAUCUCACCACCUCCGAGAGUCUGCAAUACCUGCUGAACCAGAGCGAGGAUUGGUACAGCAACCAGGUGUUAGGCAGCUACUCCCAUGGUGUCGCGCAUACCAAGGCCGAGGUUGAGGCAAAUGAGAAGGAUCCACGCAAGUGGCUCAACCCGCUGGAGGCAAGACUACCGCAUGCCCCUGACAUGAAGAUCUAUUGCUUCUAUGGUGUCGGAAAACCCACUGAGCGUAGCUACUUCUACCAAGAGGAGCUUGAUCCGCUUGUCAAUCUGAAUGUCAGCAUUGAUACUACCGUCACUAUUAAUGAGAACAUCGACCAUGGUGUCGUGAUGGGAGAAGGUGAUGGCACCGUCAAUCUGCUUAGUACGGGUUACAUGUGCGCCAAGGGGUGGCAUAUUAAGCGGUAUAACCCUGCUGGCUCGAAGAUUAAGGUAUUCGAGAUGCCUCAUGAGCCUGAUCGAUUUUCACCUCGAGGCGGUCCCAACACUGGGGACCAUGUCGAUAUUCUCGGGCGCGCCUCCUUGAACGACCUCAUCCUCCGAGUGGCCGGCGGAAAAGGUGACGAUAUUGAAGAUACCUUCGUCUCAAAUAUCCGCGAGUAUGCGGAGCGUGUACAGAUCUUUGACGACGAAUAG